UUCGGUAAGAGGAGUUUAUACGGCCGGCACGUGUGAACGUCGCGAAAGCUUCAAGUGGUUUGUGAGUCAAAUGCACACAGCGACAUACAUACGUGUACGUAGUGAUUUAUUAAUUAAAAAUAGGAAUUGUGAUAAACUGAAGUGAUAAAUUAAAUUCGUACACUAUCGAUGGCAGUUUAAAUCUGCCGAAAUAUUUGAUUGCAAAGUAACUUCUAUAGAGAUACGAUCUAAAAAGGAAGAACCCCCAUGCCAACAUGGACAGCAGUGCGAAGCCGGAACGCAAAAAUCCGCGACACAGAGCCAAUAUAUUUUCCCAGCUGAUAUUCGCAUGGACAGUUCCAUUGAUGUACAAAGGAUCGCGGAAGGGACUAAAUACGGAUGACUUGACAAAAUGCUUAGCCGAGGAUGAAUCCGAGCCAUUGGGUGACCGCUUGGAAGAUAAAUGGUACCAGGAACUGGAGAACGCGCGUAGGAAGUCGCGGAAGCCACGUCUGCGCAAUGCUUUGUUCAACUGCUUUCUGGGUCCCACGAUUGUGAAUGGACUCAUCUGCCUUAUUUACAUUGUACUUAAAUCGUUGAUACCCGCCGUUUUGGCGCAACUUUUGUUGCAAUUUCAACGCGCCACUCCCGCAACGGAAGUAAGAAGCACCGAAGGCCAUGAACUGGUUGAUGCGCUCAAUCGAACAGCACGCGCUAUUGGAGGCGUGCAACGAGAUUAUUCACAAGCUCCAGACGCUGACAAUAAAGAUAACCCCGUCUCCGAGAAUGCCCUGGAAACAGGUGAGCCCUUCAAGGAGCAUGUUUAUCUUGAUGCUGAAGCUGGCAAUGCAACCACAGCUCUUGCCGCGGACAGCUUUAAGCAAAUGGUGCUGUACCUGUGGAACGAUACAUAUAGCUUGGGUGCCAUUCUUGUGCUCUCAACUGUUCUGGGCUGCUUCUUGUUGCAUCACGUAGAUCUUCGUCAACGUCUGAUGGGUGCAAAAAUGCGCAUUGCCUGCUGUUCGCUUAUCUAUCGGAAAACCUUGCGUCUGUCCAUGAAGACGGCCGGUCAAACGCCAGCGGGUUAUCUCAUCAAUUUGCUAUCGAACGAUGUGAAUCGACUGGAUUAUGGUUUCAUAUUUAUGCACUGGAUAUGGAUAAUGCCGUUGCAUGCUGUGCUCAUCUGCUAUCUCAUUUGGCUGCGGAUCGGCAUUCCAGCGUUAGUUGGAGUGGUCGGAUUGCUACUUAAGACUGUGCCGGUGCAGACGGCCCUGAGCAAAUUGGCCUCGGUGUUGCGACUUCGUACAGCCCUGCGUACAGAUGCCCGUGUGGGUAUUAUGAAUGAGCUGGUGCAGGGAAUACAGGUAAUCAAAAUGUACGCUUGGGAGCGACCAUUUCAGGCAGUUGUAGCCGAGGCCAGACGCAGCGAGGUGCAGCAAAUACGGUAUGCUUCGUACCUGCGUGGCUUCUACCUCAGCACAAUGGUUUUCACGGAGCGUUCCACGCUGUACAUCACGGUGGCCGCAGCUGCUCUUCUGGGCAACACCAUAUCAGCGGACUUUGUCUUCUCAGCGGCUAGCUACUAUAAUAUACUGCAGCUGGUGGCUGCCAUUUGGUAUCCCUUGGCCGUUUCCUUUGGAGCCGAAGCUUUGGUCUCACUGCAACGCAUUCAGGACUAUUUACUAAUGGAAGGGCGCGACGAGAAGGUCCACGGCAUAACACAGAAACAUGAUGAAGGCGGCGACAGCCGGGCCAUUGUGUUCAAAAACAUCGAUGCAAAUUGGGAUGCAGUCAAGCCGCAGCGUACCCUGCAGGAUAUUAAUUUGGAAAUACAGCGCGGUCAGCUAUGUGCGGUUAUUGGUCCAGUGGGUGCCGGGAAGAGUUCUCUAUUACAACUAUUGCUUGGUGAGUUACCCAUCAUAGACGGCAGCGUCGUCAUUCAGGGCGAGCUCUCCUACGCAGCCCAAGAGCCUUGGCUCUUUACCGGAACGGUUAGAAACAACAUUCUUUUUGGAGAGAAAUACGAUCGAAAACGCUACCAUGAGGUGACCCGCUGCUGCGCCCUAAGCACAGAUUUUCAACAGCUGAGCAAUGGCGACAAAACGGUAGUGGGGGAAAGAGGAACAUCUUUAUCAGGUGGCCAACGUGCUCGCAUCAGCUUGGCACGUGCCGUUUACAAACCUGCUUCUAUUUACUUACUCGAUGAUCCACUAAGUGCAGUAGACGCCCAUGUGGGUCGACAUUUGUUCGACGAAGUCAUUGGACCACGCGGACGUCUGGCGCAAGAAAAAGCCACGCGCUUGCUGGUCACACAUCAAGUGCACUUCCUUUCCGAGGCCGAUUGGAUUGUUAUUGUGGAUCAAGGACGUAUUCUACGACAGGGCACCUAUGAGGAGUUGCUACAGAGCGAUUUAGAUUUCGCAAAGCUCUUGGAACGUCCCGCUCUGGAGGAAAAUGAUGGGGAAAAACAGCAAUCAGGCUCCUCAGCCACUCUUAAUGGUCUGACGGUGGAUGAUGAGGAUGAUAUACCAUACAUUGAUGGUGUACGUGAUGGCUACCAACCGUUGCGUAAGCAGAGUAUCUCCACGCAUGGCAGCAAGUCGCUCAGCGGUAGCAGUGAUCAAGCGGAUGGUGACGAUGAAGUCGGCCUAGCUGAGGCUCAAGCAGCUGGCGGCGUCUCCGGGCGCGUUUGGUAUGAAUAUUUUCAUGCAGGCAGCACCUUCUUCAGCUUCAGCUUUAUGGUGUUCAUCAUGCUACUAUCCCAGGUAGUGUGUAGCAGUUCCGAUUACUUUGCCAACAUCUGGACUCAGCAGGAAUACCAACGUUCACAAGGACAGCCCACGCUUUUCACCACCUAUGAGUGCAUGUACAUUUAUGGGGCAUUGAUUAUUGGCGUGGUCAUAAUGACAGUCUUCCGUGGCUUCCUAUUCUUCAAGACGUGCAUGCACGCAUCCAAGGUUCUGCACGAUCGCAUGUUCGCCUGCAUUUUGCACGCCACCAUGCGAUUCUUCGACACCAACCCUUCGGGACGCAUACUCAACCGCUUCUCCAAGGACAUGGGUGCAAUUGACGAGUUACUGCCACGUGCUAUGAUGGACUUUAUACAGAUCGCAUUAGUCAUGUUUGGUAUACUGAUUGUGAUUACGGUGGUGAACCCGGUGCUAGUAGCGGCCAUGUUGGUGGUGGCUGUCAUCGAUAUGCUGGUGUUGAAGCUUUAUUUACGACCAUCUCAAGACCUAAAACGAUUGGAGGGAAUUUGCCGCAGUCCCGUCUUCUCACACCUCUCCUCCUCUCUUUCUGGCUUGGCCAUUAUUCGUUCUCGCGGUCUGCAGGAUGUUGUUGCCAAGGAGUUCGACAAUCUGCAGGAUGUACAUAGCGGCGUCUGGCAGGUGAUGAUGGCAACCAAUACAGCCCUAGGUCUGUGGCUGGAUUGUGUGAGUUGUGUGUUCCUAACGUCUGUGACCUUCAGCUUCAUCAUAUCAAGCGAAGCAACCUACAGUGGGAAUGUGGGUCUGGCCAUCUCACAAGCCAUGGUACUUACUGGAAUGGUGCAGUAUGGUGUGCGUCAAGUGGCUGAAUCCCUGCAGCAGAUGACGAGCGUGGAGCGUGUGCUGCAAUAUACGGAACUGGAGCAAGAACCUGUGGUUGAGAAGGAGCCAGCCUCAAAUUGGCCAACACUUGGCCAAAUUGAGUUCCGUGACAUGAGCUGUCGCUAUGAUCCCAACGGGUCGCCGGUGUUGAAGCACUUGAACUUGCUUAUUGAACCGGGCUGGAAAGUGGGAAUCGUGGGACGGACAGGAGCGGGCAAGUCCUCUUUAAUUGGUGCGCUUUUCCGUCUAGCCUACAUUGAGGGUGGCAUUUAUAUCGACGGGAUUGAGACGGGCACUAUUUCGUUGGAGACGCUUCGCACGCGUAUUUCAAUAAUUCCACAGGAUCCGGUACUUUUCUCUGCCACCAUACGCUACAACCUGGAUCCUUUCGAGCGAUAUAGCGAUGUAGAUUUGUGGAGCGCUUUGGAAUAUGUGGAGUUGCGUAGCGCAAUUCCAGGCUUGGAUUUUAUGGUUACCGAACGCGGUAGCAAUUUUAGCGUGGGACAACGCCAAUUGUUAUGUCUAGCGCGUGCCAUUCUACGUAAUAAUAAGGUGCUGGUACUGGAUGAGGCUACCGCCAACGUGGAUCCACAAACUGACGCCCUCAUUCAGCGCACAAUACGUGUCAGAUUUCAGCAUUGCACUGUUCUUACGGUGGCACAUCGUCUUCACACCGUCAUGGAUUCGGAUCGGAUUGUGGUCAUGGAUGCUGGCACCGCGGUCGAGUUCGACGUUCCUCAUUUGUUGCUGAAGAAACAGCACGGCGUGUUACGCCAGAUGGUUGAAGCCACUGGUGGAGAAGCUGAGGCACUCAAGAAAACGGCCGCCGAGACGUUCCAGCGUCUGCAGCGGCAACGCGAACAACAUAGGCAGGAGUACUCAUGCGCCGGAUCCUCUUCGACCAUUUGUGGACAGCUAUGUGCGGUUAUUGGUCCAGUGGGUGCCGGGAAGAGUUCUCUAUUACAACUAUUGCUUGGUGAGUUACCCAUCACAGACGGCAGCGUCGUCAUUCAGGGCGAGCUCUCCUACGCAGCCCAAGAGCCUUGGCUCUUUACCGGAACGGUUAGAAACAACAUUCUUUUUGGAGAGAAAUACGAUCGAAAACGCUACCAUGAGGUGACCCGCUGCUGCGCCCUAAGCACAGAUUUUCAACAGCUGAGCAAUGGCGACAAAACGGUAGUGGGGGAAAGAGGAACAUCUUUAUCAGGUGGCCAACGUGCUCGCAUCAGCUUGGCACGUGCCGUUUACAAACCUGCUUCUAUUUACUUACUCGAUGAUCCACUAAGUGCAGUAGACGCCCAUGUGGGUCGACAUUUGUUCGACGAAGUCAUUGGACCACGCGGACGUCUGGCGCAAGAAAAAGCCACGCGCUUGCUGGUCACACAUCAAGUGCACUUCCUUUCCGAGGCCGAUUGGAUUGUUAUUGUGGAUCAAGGACGUAUUCUACGACAGGGCACCUAUGAGGAGUUGCUACAGAGCGAUUUAGAUUUCGCAAAGCUCUUGGAACGUCCCGCUCUGGAGGAAAAUGAUGGGGAAAAACAGCAAUCAGGCUCCUCAGCCACUCUUAAUGGUCUGACGGUGGAUGAUGAGGAUGAUAUACCAUACAUUGAUGGUGUACGUGAUGGCUACCAACCGCUGCGUAAGCAGAGUAUCUCCACGCAUGGCAGCAAGUCGCUCAGCGGUAGCAGUGAUCAAGCGGAUGGUGACGAUGAAGUCGGCCUAGCUGAGGCUCAAGCAGCUGGCGGCGUCUCCGGGCGCGUUUGGUAUGAAUAUUUUCAUGCAGGCAGCACCUUCUUCAGCUUCAGCUUUAUGGUGUUCAUCAUGCUACUAUCCCAGGUAGUGUGUAGCAGUUCCGAUUACUUUGCCAACAUCUGGACUCAGCAGGAAUACCAACGUUCACAAGGACAGCCCACGCUUUUCACCACCUAUGAGUGCAUGUACAUUUAUGGGGCAUUGAUUAUUGGCGUGGUCAUAAUGACAGUCUUCCGUGGCUUCCUAUUCUUCAAGACGUGCAUGCACGCAUCCAAGGUUCUGCACGAUCGCAUGUUCGCCUGCAUUUUGCACGCCACCAUGCGAUUCUUCGACACCAACCCUUCGGGACGCAUACUCAACCGCUUCUCCAAGGACAUGGGUGCAAUUGACGAGUUACUGCCACGUGCUAUGAUGGACUUUAUACAGAUCGCAUUAGUCAUGUUUGGUAUACUGAUUGUGAUUACGGUGGUGAACCCGGUGCUAGUAGCGGCCAUGUUGGUGGUGGCUGUCAUCGAUAUGCUGGUGUUGAAGCUUUAUUUACGACCAUCUCAAGACCUAAAACGAUUGGAGGGAAUUUGCCGCAGUCCCGUCUUCUCACACCUCUCCUCCUCUCUUUCUGGCUUGGCCAUUAUUCGUUCUCGCGGUCUGCAGGAUGUUGUUGCCAAGGAGUUCGACAAUCUGCAGGAUGUACAUAGCGGCGUCUGGCAGGUGAUGAUGGCAACCAAUACAGCCCUAGGUCUGUGGCUGGAUUGUGUGAGUUGUGUGUUUCUAACGUCUGUGACCUUCAGCUUCAUCAUAUCAAGCGAAGCAACCUACAGUGGGAAUGUGGGUCUGGCCAUCUCACAAGCCAUGAUACUUACUGGAAUGGUGCAGUAUGGUGUGCGUCAAGUGGCUGAAUCCCUGCAGCAGAUGACGAGCGUGGAGCGUGUGCUGCAAUAUACGGAACUGGAGCAAGAACCUGUGGUUGAGAAGGAGCCAGCCUCAAAUUGGCCAACACUUGGCCAAAUUGAGUUCCGUGACAUGAGCUGUCGCUAUGAUCCCAACGGGUCGCCGGUGUUGAAGCACUUGAACUUGCUUAUUGAACCGGGCUGGAAAGUGGGAAUCGUGGGACGGACAGGAGCGGGCAAGUCCUCUUUAAUUGGUGCGCUCUUCCGUCUAGCCUACAUUGAGGGUGGCAUUUAUAUCGACGGGAUUGAGACGGGCACUAUUUCGUUGGAGACGCUUCGCACGCGUAUUUCAAUAAUUCCACAGGAUCCGGUACUUUUCUCUGCCACCAUACGCUACAACCUGGAUCCUUUCGAGCGAUAUAGCGAUGUAGAUUUGUGGAGCGCUUUGGAAUAUGUGGAGUUGUGUAGCGCAAUUCCAGGCUUGGAUUUUAUGGUUACCGAACGCGGUAGCAAUUUUAGCGUGGGACAACGCCAAUUGUUAUGUCUAGCGCGUGCCAUUCUACGUAAUAAUAAGGUGCUGGUACUGGAUGAGGCUACCGCCAACGUGGAUCCACAAACUGACGCCCUCAUUCAGCGCACAAUACGUGUCAGAUUUCAGCAUUGCACUGUUCUUACGGUGGCACAUCGUCUUCACACCGUCAUGGAUUCGGAUCGGAUUGUGGUCAUGGAUGCUGGCACCGCGGUCGAGUUCGACGUUCCUCAUUUGUUGCUGAAGAAACAGCACGGCGUGUUACGCCAGAUGGUUGAAGCCACUGGUGGAGAAGCUGAGGCACUCAAGAAAACGGCCGCCGAGACGUUCCAGCGUCUGCAGCGGCAACGCGAACAACAUAGGCAGGAGUAGUGUGUGGAUGCUCUUAAAUCGCCAAUUGGUGCUGCCUGUUACUUAAUACCAAAACAAUAAUUAUA